GGUGUGCGUCAUACGUCACAUCCAGCAUCCAGUCGUGAUCGACGCGAACAGAUGGAUGUACGCUGGGUUGAGAGCGUCGAGUCAUAAUCGGCGAAACGGCUGGUCGGGACGCAGGACGAUCCGCGGGAAGCUGUAAUCUUUUGAAAUGGCCACCGCGGCCUACUGUAUCGGGGCGUUUUUGGUGAUACUCUCGUUGCUGAUGAAGACAGCAAUUACCUUGGAUUGCUAUCAAUGCGCAUCAGAGGAUGAAUGGAAAUGCAUGGACAGUGGAUUGGUUGAAAGUGCCUUGGUGCCGACAAAUUGUAGUCAUGUUUAUGACGCGCGUUAUUGCGUCAAGUCAAUCGGCCGUUUCGGAGGUGGCAUUGGUACAAAGCGAUUUUGUUCAGCUGUCGACAUGGGAAACUACUGCGAUUAUGUGAAGCAGCCGGGUGAUAAGUUAACUUAUCGCACCUGCGUUUAUACGUGUACUGGUCACGGAUGCAAUCCAGCAACAUCUUCCAUGCCGAGUGCAACACACACGUGGAUUAUACCUAUAGGUUUAUUGGUAGUCUGGAGAAUGAUACUUCAGUAUUUCAAGAAAGAAAUUCAGGCCUUUUGAAGACUGUCACAAGUAUUUUCACUUACUGAAACGACGAUACCGGACCUUGGUUCGAAAACGCGCAAUUUUUUAUCCUUGCAAGUGGUUGCCAACAAACUGCCAUCGC